AUGGUUGUGCUUACUGAAUUAGAAAAGAAAUACCUAGUUUUCGAACACCUGAAUUUAUCUCAAUACUUGGAUAUUAAGGAUCGAAUCAGUCUCCGGAAUGUGUCAAAACGCAUUCGAUUAAUAGUCGAUAGCUGGGAUCCGAAAUUGACAGAAGUGUUUUAUCAACAGUGUAAUAGUUGGCGAUUCAUCUCGGAAUCGUUUAAUUCUGUAAUUAAAGCAGAAGACCUCAGCGCAUCAGUAUUGAGUAUUCUGAAGCAUCCGAAACUUCGAUUGGAAAAACUGAAACUCUAUCGGCAAGACAAUCAAUGGGAUGCAGUUUCCACUGAGUUGAAUCGAACGGAUUCCAAACUUUCCAUUCGGAAAUUCGAACUUAUGAAUAACAACUCAAAAUAUAUCAUAACUUCUAAUUUCUUGAAUCUGGAAGUACUGGAAGAAGUGUCUCUAUGCAUAACUAAUGAAACAAAGACGGAAAUUCAUAAGAUUCUACAUUCGGAUCAGUGUAAGGCAUUACAAAUGCUCACUGUGAAUUCUUAUAUGAAUCCGAAUACAUUUCCAUUCAAAUGUUUCAAUAUUUGUCCGAGAUUGAAUCUUCAAUUCCAUGGAGUUAGUGCUGAUAAUAAGAUUGCUUAUGUCAUCAAGAAUAUCGUUCGACGAGCUCUGAUAGAAAUCUGGUAUAUAUCGAAUGACGUCAAUCCAUUCAAUAUCACUUUCAUGCAACAAAGUUUCCGUCGAGAGGACACACUCAUUAAGGGAUAUCCGAAUUUUCGACACUAUUUGAUACCUGAAACAGAGGAAUAUUAUGAAAUCGAGAUGGAGAAGGAGUGUAUUCGAGUCGAAUGGAUGCGAUGA